CCCCCAUACAGGGCCAAUUCUCUCUCUACUCUUCUCCAAAUCUACUGAAAAAAAAAAAAUGGAAACAGGCGAGAACUGUUCUAUUUCCGACUGGGAUCGACCCUUAACGGACCAAGAACUCGAAGCCAUCGAAGCUGCAUUCCGAUCCGCUACUACCUCAUCAUCUUCGACUUCUUCUCCAAUCAAGCAACGCCACGUUCCCACUCGGAACGACGGCGGAGACGGAGACCGCCCGACGGCUCGGCGGCGGUUGCCGGGCUCGAUCGCCAGUGAAUUCCGCAGAGGCGAUGGCUCUGGAAGUGAGAGCAAUUCGAUGAUGUGCGUCUCAGAUUCGUUCUCUCUAUUGCGGUGUCCGAGGAAUCGAUUUUUUGAUGCCUGUCAUUCUUCAACUCCAGGUAAAUGUUUUUAUUUUGCUUUAUUUUAUUUUUUGUCUCUCAUAUUUGAUUGGCUGUUGAAGAUUCCUUUUCUUGAGUGUUUAAUUUUGGAAUGUCAGCAUUUAGAGUGUAGACCGUAUUUCUAUUGCCAGAUCAUUACAGAAAGAAACAUGAUCUCUGCAGGUGUUUCACCUGGAAAGGCUGCAGUUAUGCAGAUAUGUGGGGACACUGGUCAUUGUUAUGUGAUGCAUAUAAUUCAUUCUGGAAUUCCUCAAAAUUUGCAAGCUCUUCUUGAAGAUCCUACUUCUGUGAAGGUGGGGGUGGGCAUUGUCAAUGAUGCUUUUAAGGUUUUCAAAGAUCAUAAUGUAUCUAUAAAAGGUUUGGAAGAUCUGUCUGGGCUAGCCAACCAAAAGCUUGGUGGAGAUCCGAAGAAGUGGAGUCUGGCAUCACUAACUGAAAUGCUUAUCUGCAAACAGCUUCCAAAGCCUGAAAAAAUUAGACUGGGAAACUGGGAGGCAGAUUUUUUAUCGAAGGAACAACUAGAAUAUGCUGCCACUGAUGCUUUUGUUUCUUGGUACCUACAUCAGGCGCUGAAUUGUCUCCCCGAUGCCGCUGAUAACAAAUGUGAAGAACUGGGAAAUGAGCCAUUACAAUGAUUGUUGUACUUUUAUUUAUUUAUUAUUUUACAGAUAGUUAUGUCGGCAUUGUCUUGUUGCUACAGAGUACUCAACAUCAGCUGUUAUUGUUGAAUUAACACAAUUUUCGAAUCCUGUUAGUAAAAAAAUAUCUAUUCAAUGGGGUCACCACCAUUGAUGAGAGAGGUCAUGGUAUUGUCCGAAUUUGAUCCGAAAAUGUGGGGUUAUCUCUGGGGCGGAUCAUGUUGAAGCUGUUAGUGCAUGGGAAGCAGUUCAAUUCACAACAGUUUGUGGCCUUCGUGUGUCUUCAAAUUACAGCGCAUGAGGCUGGGUUGCAAUGUAUGGACGUGGACAAGGUUCCACCAUCAGAUUUCAUUCUCAUGUUGUCUGAAGCAAUGAACUCUUUGUAAUCUUUUGGCUUGAUGCCCACAAUUGGAAAAAAAGAAAAGAAAAAAGAGUAGUGCUGAAAUUGCUAGAUUAUUCUUCAUAUAAUUAGAUUGUUAAAUGAUCUAUAAUAUUCAACAAGCUCUGCAACGCUUGGAGUUUUUCCUAGUAUGGCUUAAGUAGGCUAUGUGUAUGCUUAGGGCUGUGUAAUUUGCUUUUCCUGUGACGCAGAACAAAACAGUUAUGAAAAGGUGUUUUGGUUUUGGAAUGAAUUGUUAGAGCCUGAUUUUGAUGCUUUCGGAUGUA